UCAGUCCGUACCGCCUGCGCCCGCGCCGCUCGGUCUCUUCUAUCAGUGACGUAAGGAAUGCAUAGAACAGAAAAAAGAGUGUCGAAAACUUGCAGAGAAGAGUGUGAAAAUAAAUCUUUAGAAGUAACUUAACUUGAAUAGAACAUCUAUACCUACUCUGUGGUUUGAAAAUUUAGUUUUGUGUUAGUAGUGCAGCAGACAUAUCUGAACAUGAGUGAAGACACGUGCAAGGGAUGUCCGGAAAAGCAAAUAACAAGCAACACGGACACCAAAAGACUGGGGUGGGGUGUGCGACACAUACAAGCGGCGUGUAUGUGUGUGUGCGUGACGUCACUAUUCAUGGUGCGCAGCAGCAUGGGCGUCGCCAUACUGGCUAUGACUGACCGACGCGGCGAGAACGAGAAUAUCACGGUAUACGACUGGGACAAGAAUACUCAGGGUGUGAUCCUGUCAUCGUUUUUUUGGGGCUACGUGGUGAUGCAGGUCCCGGCCGGAGUGCUAUCCAAAAGGUUCGGAGGCAAGGCCAUACUGCUAGCGGCGCUGCUCAUCAACACCGUGAUAUCCUUGCUACUACCAGUAUUCGCUUCUCUGGGUGGGUGGCAGUUGACCUGCGCAGCACGCGUGGUAACAGGUCUUGCGCAGGCGUGCACAUUCCCCGCGUCGCACACGCUGCUCGGUCGCUGGUUCCCCGACCACGAACGAGUCAUGCUCUCUGGCUUCGUGUACUCCGGCUCUCAGCUGGGUACAAUCCUGGGUAUGCCGAUCUCCGGCUGGCUAGCAGGCACGACCCUCGGCUGGCCGCUGGUGUUCUACGCGAUGGCGGCGCAACUGUUGGCGGUGGCUGCUCUGUGGCACUUCCUUACCGCCUCCACGCCUGGUGAACAUCGGUUCAUGACGGCUCUAGAGAGGGAAUACAUUGAAAAAGGGCUGAAUACCUCGAAGAAUGAGCGGCGUGUGCGCACUCCAUGGCGUCAGAUCCUGACAGCGCGGCCGCUGUGGGGCAUCGUGUUGGCGCACAUCGGCUGUGCAUACGGCUUCGUGCUCUUCUUCGUCGACCUACCCACCUUCCUCGAAAAGGGACUCAACAUAUCGAUGCGGAGUAGCGCGAUCCUGUCAGCGCUGCCAUACAUCGGCAUGUGGGCGGGCGGCUUGUUCGCGACCAGUGCGUGUGAGCGCGUCUACAACAAGGGGCUGCUCUCCGGCCUCGCCUGCCGCAAGAUCUUCAACACCAUUGGAGCGGUUGGCAUCUCCGUGGGGCUGGUAGGUCUAGCGUUCACUGGCCCGGGACACACCACGCUGGCCAUUGUGUGGCUCGUCGCCGCGCUCACUUUCAGCGGCUUUUGCGCCGCAGGGUUCAUGGUCAACCACUUGGAUCUGUCUCCGAACUUCGCGGGUCUACUGUUGUCGCUGACUAACUUCAUCGCCAACAUCGUCUGCGUGUUCGUGCCUAUCCUCACCAGCUUCCUGCUGCAGAAUGACCCCACGGAUCUAAGCCGAUGGCGCAUAGUGUUCCUGGUGGCGGCGGGCAUGAGCGUUGUCACCAAUGUGGUGUACGUGAUGUUCGGCUCAGCAGAGUUGCAGCCCUGGGAUGACCCCGACUUCCUGGACAAGAAGGUUGCACAGCCAGAGGAGAUGAAUCCCGUGUUGACACAGGAACCGGAGAAGCCGGAGAAAUCUGAGAAGGACAACAACAAAUUGCUCGAGCGGGUUUGAAACUUGGAAUAGAUUUGGUAUGAAGAAGAUCACAAUUUCUAAAAACGGUAUUAAAGUUAACUUUUUCUCAGAAAGAGCUCGUUGCAUUGCUGAUAUUGGUCUGUAAGACGUAGACUGGUAUAUAGUUAUUUUUUAACUUUAGUAAAGUUAUAAUAUUUUUCUUUAUCUGUAACUAACCCAUAAAAAUGAGUUAUAAUGUAAAUACAUUAAUUUAUUAACACCUGACCCAAUAGAGAUAUUUUAUUAUAACAAGUUGUACUAUUAUCUUGUAAAUAUUCUGUUUAAAAACCAAAAAAAAAACAACUAACAUAGGUAAUAUAACAAAUAAUUUACAUAGAAAAUACAAAUCAAAAGUGACAUAGAAAGAAUACAAUUUGCUAACAUAGUGUCGUGAUUUGCGUAUAAUCAUUAGCAUAUUGGUUGUAAGAAUAGAGUUAUCAGUAGCAUAUUUACAGAGAGCAUGAUAUGAUAACAAAUAUGCGAGCCAGCACGAUUAAACAAAACACAUCAGCAUGCAAAUACCGUAAGCUGCCACCACAAAGCACCGUUCGACGAGAUAACUCGUCUCGUCAGAUAACUCGUCGCCGAGACCUCUGCUUACCCACAGUUGGUUGUAUUGGCAGUGCGCUCAACUAUUGUCUAACAUAUCGAGAAUUCAAUUUCCGACUUGUGCUUAGUCUCUCAGUACUAACUUUACAAGGAAACCGUCGUAGUCUCCAUAUGACAGAGUUUUCUGUCAGUGCGGGUGAACAAAUAUCAAGAUAAUGGAGCCAGUUAGUAAAAUGCCCGACUCCCACUGUGAGGUCGCAGGUUCAACAUGGGCCUAAACUAAUGAUGUUCGAGUUUUUUUUGUUAUUGCGGUUUAGAAGAUCAGAUCGCAGUCGCUUCUGUACAAAAAUAUUGGACCCGUCAAAGCCUGCAGGUUAGUUUAAAGGCCUGGUAAAAAAUAUAAUAUAGAAGAAAACGCUAGGAUGAUGUCAAAGAUGACUACUUAAUAGAAUGAAUCGUGAGGAAAACCUAGAAAGACGUACAUUGACCAAAUUGGAGAUGUUCUUAGAAAAGGUUUAGUACGAUCUACUCUGAACCGGCGUGCGUGUAUGAAACAAUGAUGAAUGUGGAGGAAGCAAGAGAAGUGUGUCAGGAUCGCAGCAAAUUGAAUUCCAUAGUCUCUGCUUGCCCCGGUGGGAAAUAGGCGUGAGUUUAUGUAUGUAUGUAUUAAUCGUGACCAUAUAUAAUAUAAACUCACGCUCGUGAUACCCAACGACGUGGAUAGACUCACAAGUAACCAAAGACAAUUUGUCGGCACUAUGGAUACGAAGUCCUAAGAUGAAUAAUGAUGAACCUUAUGGUAACAUGAUUAGAUUCAUUUAUUUCACAUUUAGUUAUACAACACAUUUUAGACACAAUAUAAAUCGGUAACAACAUAAAUAUGAUCGACGAAAAUGAUAAUAAAAGAAUGUCAACAAAGAAGAUAAUAAAUUAAAUCAAAAUGUCAAAAGAUAAUAAAUUAAUAACAAUGUCAUGGCUAAUAAGAGUAAUAAAUUAAUUAUGUAUAAAAUAAAAUUACAUUCAAGUAAUGGGACCAGUCUAUCGUCCAUAACGAUUGUCCACCAUGUUAGAAAGGACAGCGGGAAGACAGGCAGCUGCACGUGUUCUAUGAUUUUUAUUCGCUCCCAAAAUCGCAUCAUCAUCAUCAGCAUCUAUCGUAAAUGAUUCUUGCAGCACUUGUGAGUCUUCGGGUUCCCGCAGACUCACAAGUCCAAAAUAGCAUACUAAUAGUAAUCCCAUAACAACAGAUUAUUAAUACAUGGCCUGAUAUGCAUUAUAUAUGGUGGCAAAACAGGUGUUCUGUUGUGGUCUUGUGGUCUUGCGCAUAGAGAGGAGGUUGGGGGGUGCUCCACAUUAUGCAUUACGAACCAGCUAUUUGUCUGUUAAUAGCUAAUCACAUCAAUAACCUGUAAACCAGAUAAUUAUCCCAAUUUGCUUGUAGGUAUUAUAAAUUCAGUUUACGAUUUAAAUUUGGAGAUUAGAUAUUCAAAUGAAUUUCGUUCCUAUUGUUUUAUUUCAGUAGCCACUGAAGAAUUGUAAAUGUGGUGUCAAUGUGAACAAAAUUCUAAUUGCCUGCAAUAAAGGCUUUUUAUUACACUUUCUUCUUCUCGGUUUUACGACUUAAGGUCACAUACAUGAAUAUCUUCAUCUUGAAUUCUUUAUUUAAAGUAGGGGAAGAUAAUGAGGUCUAGAAAUGAAUAUGAAACGAUUUUUUUACUUGCUGCACAGAGUAUGUCUAUGUAUAUUAGGGUCUAAGUACCUCACAGUUAAUUAUUAACUAAAUA